AUGGAUAUAGAGGAUCUAGGAGAGGAUGAUGGUGAGGGUGCCAGUGAGGGUAACGGAGAUGCUUGUAACGAGGAUGAAGAAGAGGACGGAGAGGAGGAAGAGGGGGGAGAGGGGCAAGAGGAGGAGGCAGACGAAGGGGAGGAGGAGGAGGAAGGGGAAGGAUUAGAUGCUGAGUUGGAACGAGCUGCGCUGCACAGGCAGUGGGAGGAGGAGGAGGAUGCGCGCGUGCAAGGGGCAGUGAUGGGCGGAGUGCAGGGGGGCUGGGCGCAUGUGCGCAUGGGCAGGCGGAACCAGGGUGGGGGGGAGCGGGGGAGUAGGGGAGUGGGUCUGAUGGGGGAUGGGGAGGAGGAAGAAGAGGGGGAGGAGGAAGAAGGGGGAGAGGAGGAGGCGGAGGAGGAAACGGGGGAGGAUGGAGGGUUGAGGAAAGGCGGAGUGAGGAAGAGGAAGAGUGGAGAGAGUGGGACGGGAGAGGGAGGGAAAGCGAAGGGGGCAGGUGGUGGGGAGUGGGGGUUACUGGCAAAGAAAGUGAGGAUGCUGAAAGAGAGGGCGGGGGGAGGAGAGGGGAAUGGAAUGGAGCAGGAUGGCAACCCGAAUGGCUCAACUGAGAGUGUGGAGAGGAAGAGCAAAGGAGAGGGAGAGGAGGCGGACGAUGACUCUCCGAGUGACGAUGCUGAGAAUGGCAGCAGCAGUGACAACGAUGAUAGCAACGACGCAGGCAGUGGUGAUGGUGAUGGUGACGAGGGGAAGAGAGCAUCGCAAGACCUGGCAGAGCAGAUGCGCGCCAAGAGACGCGUAGAGGAGAUGGUGAGUGGGGGAGAUGGUGAGUGGUUGGAGAAGCGCGGUGAAUGA